GCCUUCUUUUCGUUCCGUAUUCAUACGCAAACCAUUCCUUCCCACAUUCCAUUCUGGAUUUUGCUGGCCUGUCACGCAUCAUCCCUUGAUAAUCUCGUGCUCAAGGCGCUCCCUUCCCUAUCCAUAAUUGCUGCCCACUCCGUUUGACCCCCUUGCAUGGAAAAGUCGCCCACGCCACCCAGCUUGUCGCGUUCUUACUAUGGGACUCGGAUCGAUCGCUAAUCAGAACAUGCUGACUCGGAAAUCGCACAAAAAGUCCCGCAACGGUUGCAACGAGUGCAGGCGGAGGAGAAUUAAGUGCGACGAAACCAACCCAUGUCUGAACUGCUCUAAGCGUGACACGGAGUGUACAUUUGAACAUCGCACCAGGGCCACACCACCAUAUAGGGCUAAUAACGGCAUUGACAUCCUAUCUGACAUAACCGGUCUAACAGCUCCUAAGUCAUCCAGUGGUGAUACGCCAUGUCGCCGACUGUCCAGCAAAGACCCCCUCCGUGCCUUCAACGACAGAUUAUCGGAGGGGACCUGGUUCCCCCAAGGAUGGACUGGGCAGGAUCCAGAACUGAUGCAUCACUACACUCUCUAUACUUCCAAAUCUCUUGCCAGGCGGCCGCACAUGCAGGAGACAUGGCAGGUCGUGAUCCCGGAAAUCGCGUACUCGUACGAGUUUCUCAUGCACGGGAUUCUUGGCCUAUCGGCUCUCCAUCUUGCUUACCUUAACCCCAAGAGAUAUGAUAAUUAUCUUGCUGGUGCUGGUUUCCACAUGUCUCUGGGCUUGCGAUUAUAUAGGAAAGUCCUUCUGUCUCCCUCUUCAGACAACUGCUAUGCCCUGUUCUCUUUCUCGAGUCUUAUUAUGCUCUAUAUCUACGCCUCCCUGACGGACUCCAUUGAGUCUCACGCGGCUAACGGCCUCGAAUCUAUAUUCGAGCUUUUUAGGCUAUGUCGUGGAACUCUAGUCCUUCUUCAGUACUUCGACCCACAACAGAGCUCUCUGAAGCAUUUGUUCAUGCGGGAAUUUGCAAUGGAUGAUGGCGAUGCGCGAACCAGUCGGACCACCCUCUUCGAAGGCCUCGACCCGCACUUAAACAGCCUCCAAACGCUUAUAAUCUCCGAAAUUCCAAAUGAUACAGAGAGGGCUACCUUUCUUCAAGCUCUUGACCGGCUGAAGGCCUCGUUUACAAGCAUCGAAAACGCCGCCCCACCACUCGAAUGCGGCAUGUUAUACAUGUGGCCGCUCGCUGUUGAGGACCAGUACUUUAACUACCUUCGGCAGCAACAUCCUGUGGCGCUUGUGCUUCUAGCAUUCUACUGUGCGCAGCUCCGCGCGUUUGAAGAUUAUUGGUUCAUUGGUCGGCAGGGGGAGGUGUGGCUGGGGUAUGUUGAGGCUGUCUUGGAGGGAAGGUUGAGCGAGUGGCUUCUUUGGCCAAAGAGAGUUUGCCGGGGGAGCGGUCUACAGUUCGCUGGAGUGUGCAAUAUCUGAAACAAGAGCACACUGUUGUGCUGAGAACUUAAAGUGAUGCUGAUUCGUUCACAAAUGAUUCCCCACCUCAGGUCAAUCAGCAGAGUGCAGCAGACCGAAGAGACUGAGCAAGACUGAGGUAGAUACCACGUUAGAGUACCACGCGAUCAUCACGCAACCAUAAGGAUCGCGCGCUGUAGGAGCCCUCCAACCAACGCUCC